AUUUUCUAUCCUGCCACCCACCGGGAUGGGCAGAAAGGUAUCACGCUCCGCAGUAACUGCCGCCGAUGUCAAUGUACGAGGUCUCGACUCAGGAACUCUAGGGCGCAGCAUUAGCCAGUGUUUGUCGGUGAAAGGCUUUUGCGUCAUAGAUCCUGAAGUAGACGAUGAGUACCUUGACAAUGUGCUCGGCGACAUUUCAUCAGUGGACGAGCAGGGUAGAUUUGCAUUUGUACCGGCACAGGUGGUGGAGGGACUGCUGGGAAAAGCAGGUUCCUUUCGUGUGGCAGACAUUGGAGUGUCCUCAGAAGAUGCGUAUGCAUCCAUCUACACAGAGAGCUUUGUGAGAGAUGGUUCCGCCCUUCAGUACUUCGACGCAGAAUUCACUCGAUAUGCCAGCUUGCUGUCGCCCCACCUUGAGCGCGCUAAGAUAGAAGUCACUACAAGGUCAACCGCACUGCUGCAUGAGGCAUCAAAGCCCAAAGGGGACGGCCCAGCGCUCACCGAAGAGAUUUGCAUCAAGUGGCUAAAGCUCUUUUGUAGCCACAGGCUCAUUUGCAUUUGGUGCUUGGGCCCUGAGAGAGGCGACUUGGAGCUCCAGCCGUGGGCUGAAGUGGCAGAACCCAUGAAGGUCACAAUGAAGCCAGGGCGCCUUGUGAUCGCUCGUGCAGAUGCCAUGUACCAUCGGCUCUCUUCAGUGGGUUCCACUUAUUGCUUGACGUGCUUUUACAGCAACCUCGGUGGCCGGCAGGAUCCAGUCAGCCCCUCAGGUCUUGCCUUGAAGCAGUGGGCUGACGAUCGCAUGGCUAGGUACAAGCAGAGUAGCCUGCAGGAGAAAAGGUACAUGGAAAUGCCUCGUGACUGGGAAGAGAAGGUGAAUCGAGAAAAGAUCAAUACGCAGCGGGUGGCUCUCCGGACUACCUGUGUGAAGGAGCCUGGCACGGAAGAUCCGCUGGCUUGGGCGUUGGCCUUCAAUUCUGGCCCGGACUAUGCGCUGCGCGUGCCGAUGAUGAGAUGGCAACAUGAUCUUUACUUUGAUGAGGAUCCAGAGUCCUUCAAGCGUGGCAAAACCGAUUGCCAGCAUGGAGUCUACAUUGAGGGCAUUGAGCUCUUUGACUGCAUGGCAUUCAGAAUUUCCAGGGCUGAAGCCUCAGGCAUGGAUCCUGGUCAUCGGCUGACGCUAGAGACUGGCUACGAGGCUUUAGUCCGCGAUGGCUACAAAGCAAACACCUUGAUGAACAGUCGCGGGGGAGUUUAUGUUGCCAACCCUCCUCCAUCUGAGUGGAGCAUGACGCCCAAAGACAUUGUUGGAGGGGGUGUAUGUGGCGGCGGUGGCAGCAUUGCCUGUGGGCGGUUUUCAUUUGUGCAUGGCCUCAAGGGUCCUUGUAUCAGUGUGGACGUGGAGGGAGCAUCUUCGCUGGUGGCUGUGAAUUAUGCGAGCACAAAUCUCUCCAAGACUGGCAACUGGGAUCCAAUUCCGUUUGCCUUGUGCAACUCCUGGAAUCUCCAGCUUUCAGCAAUGUCAUUUAUCCAGCUCUCUGCUUGCAAAUUCCUCUCUCCACAGGGGCGCACAUUUGCCUUCGACGCAUCAGCCAGUGGCUACAUUCGUGGCGAUUGUGUCGUGUCUGUUGUGCUGAAAGCCUUGCAAGUGGAGGAUGGCGAGGUCCAGAGUGAGGAUAAGCAGUAUGGACACUUGGUUGGGAGCGCAACCAACCAGAGUGGCAGGAGAUGCGCCAUGUCUGCUCCAGACUGCCUUGCAUUGCAAGAGGUGAUUCACGAGACUGUGCGGCAGACACAGAUUUCACCCCUAGAUGUAGAUGCAGUGGAAAGCUUUGCGGACGGAAAGAUCUUGGAUGAUUGCCUUGAGGCUACUGCCCUGGCUCGGGCCUACAGACCACAGGGAACUUUGCAUGUGGAUGGGUCUGCCCCGCUUGGAAUCAGUUCAUCCAAAUCUGGAGCCGGGAACCAGUUGGAGGCAAUGGGACUCUCCCAGAUAGUAAAGAUCAUCCUGGCUGCACGUGUGGGCUCAACCCAGCCAUUCCCACAUUUGAGGAUUGUCAAUCCUCACGUAGACCUGGAAAUGUGUGAUCGGAAUGCCAUACUUCUGAGUGAGACGGUAAGUUUCCGAUUGCCAUCAGCAUUCACUGGCAUUCUGAACCGAAGCGUCGGGGGAACCAACUGCCACAGCAUUCUGUUUGCCAAGGUGCCUGAAGCGAACUACACGCCAAGCAAGGCAAUUGAAUCCAAGCCGCAGCUGAUCCAACCAUUGCUGUUCUGGCCGAGUGGAGGUGGUGCACUGGCAGAGGAUAUGCUUCCGAAGAUGGGGUAUAGCAUUAUGGGAACCUUCAACAGGUGGCGCCCCCAACCAAUGGAGACUGAGGGUCCAGGUGUGUUUGCUUUCACCAUCAUCCUCAGUGAAAACAGGUGGGAACGCUUCCAGAUAGCUUUGGAUGGCGACCCUGCUCGAGUCCUCCAUCCAGUGUUGGUGGAGGGCGAUGCGUGCUGCCCUGUGGCUGGACCUGAAGCUGCUCUGCAAGUGCUGAGUUGGCAGAUUGAUGGGCGAUCCAGAAGACCAAGAUUGGUGGAUGCGGAUUCCGACAUGAACCGACCUGCUGGAGGUGCAUGGCAUGCUAUAGUUCCUGAUGCUCCCCCAGAUGAUGAUGACCUUGUGGCCUUGCCUGGAGACAAGUUCAAGAUUCGUUUACACUUGCAGGGACGAUGGAGAAUGGUUGAUUGGGAGAAGCUUCCACAGGUUCCAACUGAGGAUACUCCUGCAGAGAGAGCUUUCCAAGCAAGCUUGUGUGGCCUUGUCGGAACGUACCAGGUUGCCGGCAGCUGGAAUCUCUUUGAAAUGCAGGCCAUGAAGCCAGAGCCAUCUCAGCGCAAAACACAUUGUGUUGAUGUCCUGCUUUCACGUGAUGGAGAGCAGCACUUCCACUUGCUUCGAAAUGAAGAUCGCAACCAGGUCAUUGGUCCACAAACUUCUUUGUCUCGAAGCCCUGGAAGUGCGGUCUUAAGUGCCUGGAACCAGCGAUCUCCUCUUCAUCAUUGGGUAUUCUAUGGACUCGCCGGGGAUGUGUUCAGAAUAGAGUUCGAUCGAACACAGGAUGAGAUGCAGGUGAGAUGGAACAAGCUCGAGAGUGGGAAAGCAGUGCCAGAGGAAAUCACAUUGAUGCACCUCCGCAAAAAGUACAUGGUGAGGCUUUGCUUUGAUAGCUGGAGCAACCAUUUCUACCAAAUGUUCUGGGCAGGCGAAUACUACCAACUCUUUGUGGAGCUCAAUGAGCUGGCCAAGGCUAGCUUCUUGAUCUACGAGGAGGGAAGUCCAUCACGAUGCAUCUAUCCGCCCGUCAAAGAUGCCAACCCAUAUCAGGAACCAAAAGAAUUGCGAGGCCCUGGCACCUUAGAUGGCGAAAGCUAUUUCUGGACCAUCGGUGCAGAGGAAGACAAACCAGCUCUUGGAAGUCGCUAUGAGAUACGACUUCAUGUGGACUCAGAGAGCAAGGUGCCCAUGAAAGUGGACUGGAUUGCAGUGAAGUCAACCAAUGGCCUGGAGGAGGCUGCAGCAAAGGGCUACUUCGUGGGAUGGCUACCAGCAAUGGUUGGAUUUUGAGGGUCGUCCGCCACAUGCAUUUUCAAAAUGGAGGGGCAAUGUGAGUGGCAAUAGGCCAUGAUCUUCCCGCACACAUCUUAGCAUUCUUAUAAGCUCGUGCUCUUGCCUUGACAGCUUGUGUGUGUGUGCAAAAAGAUUGCCCUGUCCUUCACGCGGAAAUGCAGAAGCAUUGGAGUCACUAGGCACGUUUUGCCAACCUUUCGGCACUCAAGCAUUGAAGAGUCACCAAG